AUGUUUUGGAACAAGUGCCUAUUAGUUGCGCUCGUCGCAAUAGCUGGAGUGACGGCAGAGAACCAAACUCUCUACAAGCCGUUAUACCAGAAAUACUCAAAGUCCACGCCCAAGUUUCAAAACGUAUCUGGUGCCGAUGUCAACCCUCUAAUUCUCGCUCUCAAGGGCCAUUCGGCAGGCCACAAGAGCCAGGGCGGCGGCGGCCACCAUCCACAUUUCCUCGACAAGCGUCAGUCGGGCGGAAAUGGCCUUGGAACUGGUCUCUGCGCACCAGGAUCGCCUUGCGUGAACGGAGCAUGCUGCGGGAAGACGGGAAUCUGUGGUUACAGCCCUGAUGAAUGCGGUUCCGGAAACUGCCUUUCAAACUGCGAUGCCAAAGCUGAAUGUGGCCAGUAUGCUCCUCCAAACAAUGCGACUUGCCCGCUAAACGUGUGCUGUUCUAAAUAUGGCUUCUGUGGAACUACUGAUGAUUUCUGUGGCUCUGGCUGCCAAACUGGAUAUGGAGGCUGUGGCCCUGCACAAGAGCCCUCGUGUGGAGGCAGCACCAUCCAACGUAGAAUUGGUUAUUAUGAGAGCUGGUCUGCUACUCUCAAAUGUGAUAGCCGCCUACCGGGAGACAUGGAUCUCACCGGAUUCACGCACAUGAAUUUUGCAUUUGCAUAUUUCAACCCGACCACUUUCGAGAUGAUGCCCAUGAACGCGGGCGAUCCUGCUCUGUACAGCCAGUUUACGGAUCUCAAGACAACCUACCCCGGCAUCAAGACGUGGAUCUCUGUCGGCGGGUGGUCAUUCAACGACGCGACUAACAGCCCAAACACCCAGACUGCGUUUAGCGACAUGGCCAGCACUGCUGCAAAUAGGGCAAAAUGGAUCAAGUCUCUCACCAACUUUAUGCAGACAUACGGCUUUGACGGCGUGGAUAUUGACUGGGAGUAUCCAGGUGCCCCUGACCGAGGAGGCGUCAACGCUGACACCGAAAACUAUGUGACUCUUGUCAAGGAAAUGCGUGCUUCGUGGGGCAGUAAAUACGGUAUCAGCGCAACUCUGCCCAGCAGCUACUGGUACAUGCGCUGGUUCGAUCUCAAAGGAUUGGAAGACAGCCUUGACUGGUUCAACUUUAUGAGCUACGACAUCCACGGCGUGUGGGAUUCAACCAACAAGUUUACCGGCCCUUUUAUCCUGCCUCACACAAACCUCACGGAAAUCAAGCUCGGCCUAGACCUGCUGUGGCGCAAUGGCAUCGAUCCCGGCUAUGUCACGCUGGGGCUUGGCUGGUACGGCCGCAGCUUCACUCUCUCAGAUCCCUCUUGCAGCACGCCCAAUGGAGUCUGUCAAUUCAGUUCCGGCGGUAAACCCGGGCCGUGUACCAACUCUGCCGGCACACUCUCCAACGCAGAAAUCUUCCAGGUUCUUGCGCAGACCGGGGCAAAGCCUUCGUUUGACUCGACGGCUGCUGUCAAGUGGAUCACCUGGGACACCAACCAGUGGGUCAGCUAUGAUGACGGCCAGACUAUGAAGCUGAAAAUGGAUGCUGCGAACAAUCUCUGCAUAGGCGGCGUUAUGAUAUGGUCGGUUGAUCAAGAUGAUACCAACGGAACCAGCACUUCGGAUCUGCUCGGGUUAGGAGCCGCCAACGGCAUAUCCUCCGCAAAGGCACUUGAGCUCAAGCAGAAUCAAAGAUAUGCCGUAAGCCAAGCAACUAACAUGAACUCGUGCUACUGGACAUUCUGCGGCGACUCUUGCGCCUCGGGCUACUUCCCACAGACAUCAUCAAAUGGGCAGGUCAACGGCGUAAGCUCCAACACGGUAUGCAAAAACGGCCAGCUCGAGACUUUAUGCUGCGCAUCCGGCACCAACAUGGGCACGUGCGAAUGGGAAGGCUGGAAUGGCGUCGGCAUGUCUUGUAGCGGCGGGGGCUGCCUGGGCUCUGGCUCGGUGGCCAUCGCCUUCAACACCAACAACUACAUCAAGCAGGCGGCCGUUGGUCUUUUGAAGGACCAGACAUGCCACGGUGGGUUCCAAUCGUACUGCUGCUUGGGCUUCCGGGCAUCUCCCAAGGGGAGCAUCUCCAGCCUCGACCUCGUUGGACUGAAUGGAAAAGAUACAAACCCAGGACUCAAUGUGGGCAAGUUUGCAGGCCUGACUGUGGCAUGUACAGCAGCAGCCACAGCAGCAGGAACAGCUGCAGGUGCUGCCGCUGCCAUCUUCACUUUUGGCAUCGCCUUCGAGCCCGUGUUCGCGGCCACCUUUGCUGCCGUCUUCGCAGCUUGCGAAAUCAAGGCAAAACAGGCUGCUGCACUGCAAGCUGUUGGUGUUGUGGCGGGCGUACGCACAGGAGGUCGCGGGCAGUCGAAUCCUGUUCCUCGUCCACCCCCCAACCAGCCUCAGAUUCCACCGAAGCAAUCAAAGACGCAGAAGCUGGGUCAAUGGGUUAAGACUUCGUACGAUCCGAAGACGACCAAUGACUGCGCGGUGACUUACACUUGCAAAUAUGGCCUAGGCUUUGAUGAGAUCUGCGAUAACCAGUCCUGGGGCAUCGACAAGGCUAAUGCUGGCCGGCGUGUGUAUCAUUACGACCCACGCGGUCCUGAUAGCGAGUAUGCCAAAGCCCAAUGGGGUUCGACAUGGCGUAAAUCGUGGUAUCGCACAAUGGCCCAAGCCGGAAACCCCGCCCGGUGCCAGGUUGACGAGUUCCCUAUGGGCAGUCUUUGGGAAGGCAGAGCUCCCUUUGGCAACCAAGUCUGCCGUCUGGUCAACGGAGUAGCAAACCGUCGCCAAGGCACCGACUUCCAGCAGUGGCUCUCUGCAAUCUGGGCUCCCUGCUCAGCAUUGCGUUCGUAUUACGGAAAGCCAGAUCCUCCUAUUACGUGGGAGUUCAGUCAUACCCCCAACGACCCUCGACUUGUCGCCAACAGCGCAUUCCCGCAUUUCAUCCAGAAGUACGGCUUCGACUCACAAACCGUCAACUCCCUCUGCUGGGCAACGUACCAAUAUCCAGCAGGCAAUGGCCAGCAGGCAAUCAUGACGGCUUCAGACCACGGCUUCCGCGCAUUGCCAAAUGAUCCCAUGUAUCGUGCUUACGGAUGGCCACCUCAGCAGUACUCCAUCAAUCCCAACAAUGCGCCAAACCUACCAGGGAAUGUAGCCAGUGCUCAGUGGCAGAAACGCAUCAACGCCAGGGCAGCGCUGGAGAACCUGAUUCCGGUCCAGUUUGCAGAUUCGGCAGAGGUUCCCAUUCCUGUUCCUUGCGGCGAGUGCAGCCUCAUCAUUGACGAAGACAACGAGGUUGUGUAUGACCAGAGACCACCGGCGGAGGUCCCUCUCACAAAGACGGCCGGUGAGACUCCCACGCCAACUGUUGCUAAGUAUAAGAAACCAGAGACUGGAAAUACGGUCGACAAGGGCCCAGUUGAGACGGGUUCGGCUUCUCAGCCAAACUUUUGAUGCGAAGGAAUAAAAUUUUGUUUAUGGCUAUUAGUCGC